GACGGGGCGAGGAAAGGCGAAGGAAGAGGCUGCGAGAUCAGAUGCCUUGCAGUUGGGUCUUUUACUUUGAUUCUGCACAGCUAUGAAACUGGGAGACUAGCUGGGUGUUUGGAAUAACCAGUGAAGAUGAGUACCCACGUUCAUUUUUAAAUAGAGUGUGUUGGCUAGCAGUAAACCAUGGGCAAUUUCAAAGGGCAUGCCCUCCCUGGAAGCUUUUUCCUUCUUUUUGGCUUGUGGUGGUCAGUGAAGUAUCCACUGAAGUAUGCCUGUCGAAAAAACAAGAAUGCUUGCUACCUUGGUUCCAGGGCAGGAUUUCAGCACCUGGAGUUUGUAGAGGGGAUCAUCAAAGCUGUCUUUGCCCUGAUCGGAAUGGUGGCUGAGCAGUUUGUUCCUGAUGGACCUCAUCUGAAGCUCUACAAUUAUGAGGAAAAGCACUGGGAUCACCUCAUGAACUGGCAACAUGCCACCAUGUACCUCUUUUAUGGCAUAUCAGGGUUGGUUGACAUUGUGGCUCACAGGACCAGUGCACUGCCUGUGGCCAUGGACAAGAUGAUGCUUUCUUUAGCAGUGUUUAUUGAAGGUUUUCUCUUUUGCUACCAUCUUCAUGGGAGAGCCAUGCUGGAUGUCCAUGUUCAUCAAUUACUGCUGUUUGCUGUCUUUGGAGCUGCUGUUUGCAUAUUUCUGGAAGUUUUCUUCCGUGGCAGUAUAGUGCUAGAGAUGUUUCGUACAAGCCUUUGCAUAUUACAAGGCAGCUGGUUCUGGCAGAUUGGCUUUGUGCUUUAUCCUCCAAAUGGGAGGCCAGAAUGGAAUCAGAUGGAUCAUACCAAUAUGAUGUUCCUGACCAUGUGCUAUUGCUGGCAUUAUGCCUUUGCUUUUCUUAUACUUGCAGUCAAUUAUACAAUUGUCAGCUGGGCAGUUCGUUCAAAGGUUAAACAGUCCCAAUCCAUGGAAAUGGGAUUACUGAAGACAUCUGAACGAGAUCAGGAAUCAGAAGAUGAAAUUUAGUAUGAAUAUGGCUUGACGAGUUUACCUGCUCUACCAUUAGGCUAACUGAUACCUCAUUUAUGCAAUUUUUUAACAUCUUAUUCAUUCUUUACUACAACUUGCUAUGCAAAUAUCAUCCAUGAGUACUGUCUACAUCUGCACAGUUACAUCUUUAUUGGUGGAGGGUAAGCUUUGUAUUGAUUUGCAGCAGUUGCACUAGUACAUAGCUUACCACGUGAUUCAAAGAAAACCAGACUAAUAUUAGACAGACUUGAACUGGAUAAGGUGGCAUGAUGAAGUCUGUGUGUUUGCCUCAUUAACAGCUAAGCAAAAUGCUUUCUGACUGCUACUGAAUGGACCCAAGUUUCCAUAAUUAGGGUGUUCAAGUAAAUGUGUUUGCUGCUCUGCAAGUAACUGUGCAUAAAUAACUCUGCAGACCUGGAAGGAGUAGUACAAGAUGAAAAAUCAGAUUUUUGCAGCUGUCUUGUAUAACACUUCUGUGUCUCUGCUUGUGGCUUUAUGCUGAAAGACAGUCUGUUGAAAAGCAGAGGUGCUCUCUCCUGUUGAAAAGAACAGGUUCUCUCCCCCAUGCUCGCUGUUGUUUGGGAUGUGCUCCAACCUCAACAAAAGGGAAAUAAGUGAUAUGGCAAAAGUCAUCAGAAAAUGAUGUUGCAUGUAAGCACAUUGCCUCUAAGGGGCAGAACUUUCGAAUCAUCACUCUUGCUCUAAAUAUGUCUUUCAAAAGACUGACAUGGGCAGCUUGUGGUACAGCAGCACUUACACUCUGUUUUCCAGAGGAUUGAGAAAGGAAUUUGUGCUGGUGGCCAGCAAGCGGCCAUUUUACACAUGCAUCAGUGAUAAGAUGGUCAUGGUAAGAUGGUCAUUCUGGAAAACAGCCUCUUCCCUUUAAAACUCCUUCUAAAGAUACUAUUUUCUUAUUAUUUUCUGAAACAGGCUAAUGCAGGACAAAAAAUCCUGUUCAAAUAAUGCCUGUUCAUCAGGUUUGGUGCUGUGGAAGAGUGUUUCUUUUAUUAUUCAAACAUUUCCAGAUGCUCAUAAGGGAGUGCAGAGCUGAACUCUGGUAGGUGAAUGAGAUUUGUAGGAUCUGGUCCCUCCACUUUUGAGCUUCCUUUAAAUUUUUCCAGUGUGAACCAGAAAAAUUGGUAGCAUAAAGUUACUAACUGCAGUAAGAAGGUUGCUUAAUUUAGGUAAUAAUAUAGUUUGUAGCUCAAAGGAAUCUCAGGACUCAGAGAAAAAAAGGAAAAAGAAAAAUCAAAGUCUUUUUCUAAAGCUGUUUAACCUUCAAUACAACAUAAACAUUCACUUCAUUUUUAAGAGCUACCUUUUAUCUCCCAUUUUUCAAGGAGUACCUUCCUUAGCUGCACAUGCUAUUAAUGCUGAAUUUUAGACUGCCAGAUUUAUUAAUGUGUUUCUGAAAUCAGUGGUGUUGUUUAUUUUGAAGGACAUUUUCAGAAAGUGCUUUGUUUCUCAUAUGCAGGAGCAGUGCAGGUUUCUUCACUGCUCUUCUUAAUAAAUAUAUUUGAUACUGUACAAAUAUUAAGGUGCUGUAUCUCUAAAAUAAAAGGAUAGCCUCAGAAGAAAAGCAUAAUAAACUGGCUGAGCUUUCUUAGAACACUUAGAAGACUUCAGUUGGUAAUUCUUUAGACUAUUUUAGAUAUUUGCCAAGUAUUGUGAAAUGACACUUGUAAUCAGGUGCCAAAUUAUCCACAUGAACCUACUUUGGAAAGCAAGAAUAGUUGGCUUACAGACAUUUCUACAUUUACAAAUAUAAAAUGGGAAACUGCAGUUUGCUAAGCAAAGAUCACCGCUUUUCUUAAUAAUUGCUGUCCUUUUCUAAGUACCUUUCUCUGAAGGAUCUUGGAGAUUAUGGUGAACUUUAAUGAAGCCCGUCUCAGGACACUCUUGUAAGCUAGGUUUUGGUAUGGCAUUUUUGUAGCUCCAUGUCUCAGCUUUACAGUGAUCUCACUAUAAACUCUGAAUUAAUUUUUACUCCACUCUGCAAAUCUAAGACUUGAGUUUCAUUGCUGUGAUUCCAUUAAAAUCAGAUUUUCUGUUGGCAUAAGCAAGAGGGAAGAUCCAUGGCUUUGCUGAGGAGCUUACCUGUUAAUUGCAGCAGGGAUACACUGGCGAAAUACAGUGUGUCAUUACACUCAGCUAUAAUCUUCCCUUCAUUAUGCCACAUUAUUCUUUUUUGUAAAUAGUUGGGACUAUUUUAAAGGGCAAAAUUUUUUCUGGUUAGAAUGGUUGGGGUACAAAGCUUCUGCAGUGCUGGGAGUGAAGACGGUGGUUAUGUACCAAAAAGAACUUGGGAAUUAUUACAGCAAUCUGUUGUGAUAAGCCCAAAUCAGUUGACAAAGUGAGCCUCAUGGGAUUCAGUGAUCUGAGUGAACAUGGAGAGUGCUCAGCAAACUCUCCUUUUGAAAAAACUGCUUUUUCAGAAACAAGAAAUGCCAGUACUUGAAUGUCAUGGCCAGAAGAGUGGCUGCCUGACAUGGUCCCCCUGUGACUGCCUCAGCCUGGUGGCUCUGGCUCUGUCCCUAUUUACAUCCAGCAGUGGCUGCAGGUGUGUGCAUUUUCUUCGCAGAAAACAUGAGCAGGACUCUCAGCCUCCUGAGAGGUAUCACCUAUAUCUCUUUCGUCUCCCCGCUGUGAAUCUCCCAUAAACGAUUGGGCAACUGAACGAAUAAGCCCAUCAUACACAUCUGCUGGUUUUGGUGCAACCAUGCUUUGAAAAGAUGCUUUUGAAGAAGCCCAACCUGGAGGCUAAUGCAGUCUGUGACACAGAAUUGUAGGGCAGCCUUCUUACAAAAACUCUUUUUGCAUUGGGGAAAGUAGUAUUACAUUAUUUAGCUUGAAGAAAUGCAAGGAAAAACAGAUCCUGAAGCCUCAAAGAAAUGAUAGUCUCUUGGAUUUUAUUUGUAAUGCUUUUGUGCCUGCUAUAUUUUUGGUGCCACAAAGGAAAGAAACACUCCAUUUCACGGUGGGUUUUUGCUACACAGAGCUCUUUACCCAUUCUUCUCAAGCACUGUUCGAAAGAGAUGCUCAGGAACAGUAAGGUAACUAUUACAAGUUAGGAGGUACAACAGUCAGCAUUUCACUAGCAACAGAUUUUGCUUGAGUUGAAUGAGUGGAGGGAAGUCUGACAAGUUUACAAACAUCACUUAGAAAAAGGUAGCUGCUCUCAAGAACAUUGAAAUUAUUGUUAAAUAUUGGUGCUUUUGAAAAUCUGCAUGGUAGUUUAUAAUAGACAAAAUAUGCCUGUAAUAUUAUUUAAAUAAAAUUGAUUUAUUCAUAUAAAA